GCGCGUCUGCCUAGGGCCCGCCAUCUUGUGCGGCAGCGAGCAGGGCGCGGGGGGCCCCGGUAGCAUCCGCGCAGGAUCCCGCCGACGGGGGCCCAUCAUGCCCGGACACCUGCAGGAGGGCUUCGGGUGCGUCGUCACCAACCGCUUCGACCAGCUCUUCGAUGACGAGUCCGACCCUUUCGAGGUGCUGCGCGCGGCGGAGAGCCGGAGGAAGGAGAGCGGCGGCGGCGGCGGCGGGAGCCAAGCGGGCGGUGGGGCCCGCGGCCCGGCGGGCGCGCAGAGCGGCUCCUCCGGCGGGGCCGGUGGCGCGGGCCAGGCGGGCGGCGGUGCGGGUAGCGCGGCUAAGCAGCUGCGCAGGGAGUCGCAGAAGGAGCGCAAGAACCCGCUGCCGCCCUUCGCCGGCGGGGACCGCCGGGAGGACGGCGGGGGCCAGCCCGGAGCGCCGCUGCGGAAGGAGGGGAUAAGGAGGAUUGGCAGGAGGCCUGAUCAGCAGCAGCAGCAGCAGCAGGGGGAUGGCAAACCCAUCGACCGGAGACCUGAACGACGACCUCCCCGGGAACGCCGCUUCGAGAAACCUGCCGAGGAGAAGGGAGAAGGGGGAGAGUUCUCUGUCGAUAAGCCCAUCAUUGACCGACCCAUGCGUGGACGUGGUGGACUGGGCCGGGGCCGUGGCCGCGGCCGUGGGAUGGGCCGAGGAGAUGGGUUUGACUCCCGUGGCAAACGGGAAUUUGACAGACACAGUGGCAGCGAUAGAUCUUCUGUUUCACAUUCACAUUUCAGCGGCCUAAAGCACGAGGACAAGCGCGGUGGCAGCGGCUCACACAACUGGGGAACCGUCAAAGACGAGCUCACUGAAUUGGAUCAGUCAGCUGUAACUGAGGAGACGCCGGAGGGAGAGGAGCAUCCGCCUGCUGAUUCUGAAAAUAAAGAGAAUGAGGUUGAAGAAGUUAAGGAAGAAGGCCCCAAGGAAAUGACCCUGGACGAGUGGAAAGCCAUUCAGAGCAAGGAUCGUGCAAAAGUUGAGUUCAACAUCCGUAAACCAAACGAGGGGGCUGAUGGACAAUGGAAAAAAGGAUUUGUUCUUCACAAGUCAAAGAGCGAGGAGACAAAGGCGAUGACAGAAAUGCAGGGGAGUCUGCUGGAUUCAAAUGAGGCUCAUGCUGAGGACUCUGUAAUGGAUCAUCACUUCCGCAAGCCCGCGAAUGACAUCACAUCCCAGCUGGAGAUCAACUUUGGAGACCUGGGCCGCCCCGGCCGCGGUGGCAGAGGGGGCCGGGGGGGCCGAGGGCGCGGAGGCAGGGCCAGCCGUGGAGGCAGGACUGACAAGUUGGUUAAGGAGUUUGACGUGAUCCACACGCCCAACCAGUCAAGUGCUUCUGCUCCUGACGUAGAUGACCCAGAGGCUUUCCCAGCUCUGUCCUAAACUGGAUGUCAUAAGCCAACCCUGCCCUGGUCGGGCUCUCCUCUCCGAGGCUUGCAUGCUUAAGGAUCCUAAAACAACUAAGAAACUUAAAAAAACAAAACAAAAAAAAAAAAAAAGAGACUGUCAUUCAUACCAUUCACACCUAAAGACUGAAUUUUAUCUGUUUUGAAAAUGAACUUCUCUCGCUACACAGAAGCAACAAUAUGGUAGUCAGUUUUGUAUUUAGAAAUGUAAUGGUAGCAGGGAUGUUUUCAUAAUUUUUUCAGAGAUUAUGCAUUCUUCAUGGAUACUUUUUUGUAUUGCUGCUUGAAAAUAUGCGUUUCCAAACUUGAAAUAUAGGUGUGAACAGUGUGUACCAGUUAAAAGCUUUCCCUUCAUUUGUGUUCAUUUUUUUAAUUCAGGAUUUUAGACUUUUUUCUCCCAACUCCAAACUGGGUUUUAAGUAUUGCACACUAUUUCCAUUUCCUUAAUUUCUGUUUAGCAGAUUUUUCUCAGCCCGUGGUCUUUUGGAAUAUGUGGAAUACGAAUUUGGCAGACUGUUAGUGCUGCAUGGAAUGAACUCCUGGAGUACUUUAGUUUUAAUGCUUAAUUUCAAACAUGGAAAACCAGUAAUUUUUCAUCUCUGUUAGGUAGUUUGUUUACACAAAACCUUUAUACAAAAUUGAUACCAGAUACUUGAAAUCAAGAUUGAAAGCACAUUGGUUUGUAGUUCAAUACCUGUAUUGAUCCAGAAUGAUGUGUGGGUAAUUGGUCUGAAAACCAGGUUUUUAAAAUUAAUGUAUCCCACCUUCACUCACCCUUCUGACCUUUAUUCCCUCCUCCUUCCUUCAACAGAACAAGAUGCUUUGUUGGCAAAAAAAAAAAAAAAAAAAAAAAGAGUUUUUAAAUUACCUUUGCUUUGUUUGAGAGGAUACCCUGAGAUUGGGGUAAUUCCUGUCGUGGGAGCUGGGAUAGCCUGAGAUGGGGGUAAUUCCUGUCAUUGGAGCUGGGAGGUGGGGGGAAGGCAGUAGCUGUGGCUCUGUAGUCCACAUGGACUCAGGUGGGAUGUGGGAUUGAGCAGCACUGUCUGGCACACAGGUACAUCAGUACCUGCUGUACUCCCAGCACUGCUCCCAGGUCUUCUGGAGAAGGAACCCCAGGCCUUUGCUGGCUCUGGCAGGAGGGAUUUUUGGCUCAUCGUCUCCCAGCACUUCAGCUGUCCAUCAGAAUUUAGCCCUGGCUUUGUGCAGUGCUCAAGAUCUGUUUGGCAGAUCACCGUGAAUGUUUUUCUGAGAGUGAUUGUAAGAAACCCCUUCUCCCCCUCUGAAAGUUCACUGUAGGUUUACUUUCAUCCCUGUGAGCAGGAACAUCACCACACACAGAAGGAGUUGAACAAAUUAGUAAGAAAGAGGAUUUCUUAGGGGUUUUAUCUGCAGCAUUUGUUAGGAGAUCAGGAGCAGAUUUCCCACUUUAUUUCAUGUUUUACUCUUUGGACAGCUUAGAACAUAUUUGUAGUUUCUUAACUAGGUAGAUAGAAAACUAAAGGUAACACCCUAUUUUUUUAAAAACUGUACAGGACUGGCAAGAAGUGUUGGGGACCUUUGAAUAUGAAAUCCCAGCCUCCUCAGUUGUGAUGUUAGUGGCUGGCUUGCUUUUCCUGAGCAAUUUUCUACAAGCGCUUGUGUUGUGAACCACUGUGGGUAAUCAUUGAUCUGGUUGUUCAGUGCACUUGCCUGUAUUUAAAGCUCCAGGGUGUGAGGAGGAGGGUGGUAAAAUCUCUUGGUUCAGCUCUCUUGACCUUGUACUCAGUGUGGGGCAGGUCCAACAUGGAGUUGUUCCUCUUCCCCCUGCCGUUGUGGUUUGAUGGGAUGUGUUGCAGUUCCAGCACUGGGAACACCUUGGAUAACACAACUAAUACCUUUAUGCAGAAACACUUAGAGCAAAGCUUUCUCUGGAGUAUAGGCUUCCUUCCCCUUAUCCAAAAUGUGUGUUUGCCAUUCCAGUUGCCAUUCUGCUUUUUUCCAGAUGAUUCUGGGCAGGGAUUUAGGACCCUGCAAGCUGGAUUUAGCCAGUGGCUUUCCCUUCUCCUGCCAUGUAGCACAGAACAGUCCCAAACAGCACCUCAUGUGUGAUUUUCAAGACAGCUUGUACUUACACAUGGUCCCUCUGCUGUUCUGACAGAUGUAAAUUUGCCUCUUUCAGUCCAUUUGUGUCAAGAACUAAAACUGUGAACAUUUAUCUUUAAUAUUGGUGGGUGUUAACUGAAAUAAAAGUUUAUUUUCAUGCUCUUUUAAAAAAAUGUCCUGAAAACACAUGGAAAUGAAACCACUUAGGUUAAUAGUGUCUCAUCUAGGUUCUGCCUCAAGAGGUCCAGCCUGCCUGUGGUAGUGCCCAGGCAUUCCCAUUCCCAGGAUGGACUUUGCCUUGGGAAAACCCAAGUAGCUUAUGAGUAAGGAGCUUGCUCUUAGGAACAUUUUUUGUCCUCUUCCUGCUUCUGCUGUCACACCAGAUCUAGAGGACUAGAUCUUUUAAAAUCUGAUCCAUUGGAAAAGAUGGUCAGACGGAAAAAGUCAGAAACACACGGUGCAAAUUGGCUUUGGAAUGUAACAGUGGCUAGGUUGGAGCAUGAAAGUUCAUCUUGCAGUGCUGCCAGUGCAUGGCUGUGGUGCUGGGAGGGAACAAGAGUGAUGAACAAGAGUGAUGAAAGUGUCCUUUCCCAGGGUGUGGGAAAGGACAUGGAUUCUCCUGGAAUGUGGGAAUACGUGGUGUUUGCAACUGGAGGAGCUCAGACCACCCUGACCUGUAACAACUCUGCCCACGGUGAUGGGUUUGCGUAGCCACACCUGGUUUAAUAAAGGCAAGAAUUGGACCUAAAGCUGCCACUUCCCAGCAGGUGCCAACCUGCUUCUUUCCUAAAAUCAUUCCAAGGACCACGCUGCCUUCCCUUUGUACUCCUGGGCUGCUCUGCCAUCCCCAGGGACCAGGCUCAGGGGGUUUGAGCAGGGCUGGGUGUCUCAGGCAAGGUCCGUGAGGUGGGCGCUGCCCUGGGACGGGCAACCUGAUUGGGGGAAAAUGGUUCCUUUGCCCUUACUGGGAGACUCAGGUCCUUUCCUGGAACACUUCCAGGUUGGAGUUAAAAAAGUCUGAUCAUUGUCCUACUAAUGAUUCUUGACUUAACACUUGAUUUAAAGUGCUCUGUGUGGAAGUUUUAUCUGGAGACGUGCAGAAUGAGGGCUCCAGUGUUCUGUUUAUAUGUUGAAGUAGAAGAUCGACACGCAGAAGUGGAUGAAUGACAAAAUAAUGCUUUUUAAAAAACCCACUUUUUUGGCUUCUGAUUUGCCUUUCUGGGUGUCUAAUUUGGUUGUACGCAGCCGACUUGGGGUACUCAUUUGUGAUAUGAUGCCCAGCCAGUCCUCUUGGCAGGGAGGUUGCCAGGUGAGGUGUGGAGAGCAGGAAACUGGUGUCACAGUCCCGAUGGAGCUGAGUAAUCAGCAUAACCCCGGGCUGUUACUGUCUCCAGGGGCAGCGUGUGAGUAUUGACAGGCAUGAGCCUGUUCUGCAGUGCCUUUGAACAUGGGAGCACUGGGGCUUUCUGUAGAAGGUAACCCAGCCACAACUGGAAUGAAAACAGGGAACAGACUGAGAAAGAUCCCCCAAACCCGGCCCUGGGGAUUUGCUUGUCUCUUCACACACGAGACAGUGUGGAGAGCUCCAGCCUUGCUGUAUCAACCUCGUGGUGCAGGUGCAUCUCUGUCACAGCUCUGCCAGGAGACCUUUGCUGUUCCUGCCAGGUGGGAUAAUGGCUGUCCAUGGAGGUGUUCUGGGAUGGUGGUAUGACAGAAGGGUUUCGUCAGCAGUUUUGCCACUGCUCGUGUAGCUGUCAGUGGAUGGAGAGUGGCCACCUGAGCCUGGGGAGGAAGAGGAGGGUGCUCCAGGUAAGUUCAGACCUGGACUACAUCUCUAGCAGCAAUGUUUUGGCUUUAUUUUUGUUUUUAAAGACACCUUGUUCUGUGUAAAGCUGCAGCAUAGCCCUGGAGCUUGACCAGAGAAAACAACAGGAAACCAAUUUCAGAUUUCCAACAUUUUAUUUAUAUACACACACAUCUCAUAAACAAAGUCAUUAAAUGUGUAACACACUUCAAACCUGUAAUUAGAAUACUUCAAUAAAUGAUUAUAAUUCCUCUUGACAGUC